AUGGACCCCACUUCUGCCAGCCGAGCCGUUACAGCUGGGGCCGAGCCGUUUCGCUUAACUGUUUGUUCCGUCUCAACUGCUCCGAGCCGUUUCAGCUGGCUCCGAGCCGAUUUAUCUAAAGUUAUAAAAACAUUUAGCUUUUGUAGAAGGAAGUUUCCAAAUUAUGAAGAUUCGUUUGGUUGUAUACAACGGCGGAAAGGUUUUGUGCUGGAUCAUCUAGUUUUUCACCUCCAAAAAUUUUUAGUUCCUGAUUUAAAUUUCUGUACUGAUGAAGAAAAUUAUGAUGUUGUAAACGACUACCAGCCAAAUACUAAUUAUUCAUUUGAAAAUUGUUUGCGAUCUUCAUCAAUUACUUUUGAACCAGGUCACGUAUUUAAUAACAAAGAAGACAUGAAACUUGAGUUGGGAAAAAAAUGUUUGUUAGAACACUUUGAGUUUAAAGUAGAUAGAUCCUCUAAAACUCGGUACCAAGUGUCAUGUUUGGUGGACGGUUGCGUUUGGCGUUUUCGUGCAAGGAGUUUUGGGGAUAGUGGGGUGUUUUUUGUUAAGAGUUUUAACGAUAAACACACGUGCUCGAAGACGCUAACGUACCCACAUGUUCGUCAGGCAAACCCAAAUGUUGUUGCUCAUUAUUUAAAAGAACCUUUAAAAGACAGUGGUAGAAUAUAUUGUUGUAAUGAAAUAGUGAAAGAUUUUAGACAAAGAUUCCAAGUUGAGAUAACCACUAGUCAAGCUUGGCGUGGAAAAAGUCUGGCACUAGAGCUUUUACAAGGAUCAAGCAGAGAUUCGUUUGCAGAACUACCAUUUUACUGUUACAAUCUAGAGCGGGCAAAUCCUGGUUCUGUUACACAUAUCAAGACUGAUGACGAGCGUCGGUUUGAAAUGGUCUUUGUCGCGAUUGGUGCUGCGAUUCGUACCUUUAUCUGUAAUCUAAGACCGGUGGUGAUCAUUGAUGCUGCACACCUAAAGGGUGAAUUUAAAGGGACGUUAUUUUUAGCGGUCGGGAUGGAUGGAAACAACCAAAUUUUACCAAUUUCCUAUGGAAUAGGAAAAUCAGAGGAUGGUGAAUCUUGGACAUGGUUUCUGUCAAAGCUUAAAGAAUGUAUCGGUGAAAUACAUGAAAUGGCGAUAAUUUCGGAUAGAGCGAAUUCUAUACAUCUAGCUGUUAGAAACGUCUUUCCACAUGUUUAUCAUGGGUUAUGCUGUCGUCAUUUAAUGAUGAACCUACGUUUACCCUCUGAUAAAAAAAAAGAAAAUGAGAAGCUGUGGUGGAAGACAUGCAAAUCGUACCGAUUGUCUGAUUUUAACGAGUCAUUUAAUGCUCUUUGUCUUGCCGUUCCUAGAGUACGUCACACUCUAACAAGUAUUGGGUUCGGUAGAUGGGCAAGGGCGCAUUGUCCAGGCAAUCAAUAUCAUUAUAUGACAUCUAACAGCGCGGAGUCUAUUAACGCUUUAUCUAGACACUCGCGUAAAAUGCCGGUAACACAACUCUUAGAGGUCUUCCGACAAUCUGUACAAAAGUGGUUUUACGAUCGCCGCUUGCAAGGUAUUCAUGAAAAACAUUUACUUACACAAUGGGCACAGAAGAAAAUUUUUAAAAAAAUUGAAGGGUCUAGAACUUGGACGGUUGCUGGGAUUGAGUUAAACAGUUAUUCUGUUGCAGACAGUGGAAAGGGGGGUUUAGUUGACUUUGUUAAUGGAACCUGUAGUUGCCGAGUUUGGCAGGUUUCUGGUUUACCGUGCGGGCAUGUUAUUGCCGUGUCAAAAUUUUUAGGUGAAACCGAUUGCAGUAAGUAUUGCUUCCCAUGUUACUCAAACGAAGUCUAUAAGAAAACUUAUGAAGAAGCGAUUUAUCCUCUUCCUCAUAGAUCUGAAUGGGAGACUCCAAAAGACCUUAUCAAUCUUCAACCGCCGCAUAUGACAAAACGCCAGGCUGGUCGUCCUCGAGAAAACAACCGGAUCUUAUCCCACGGGGAAGAACCCACUCCCCUGUAUUGUUCCUGGUGUAACUCAUACGAUCAUCAUCGGGAUGUCUGUCGGCAGCCCAUGCCGUCAGAAAUUCGUACUCGCAAAGACCCAGACAAAGGGAAAGGGAAAGAAACCGAUGAUCCUGAUCAUUUUACACAAUCUCCGUGUGAAGCGCCCGGUGUAGAGUUCAUCUGCCAUGUAUCGUCUGUAUCUGAAACAAGCAUCUUGAAGGCCACACGAAAUCCCCUACUAUUUGCAUGGAACGCGUCUCAUUUAUUUCUGAGUGUUGCCAAUACGAUAUACGUCCGAGAAACCACAAAAAUAGAGACUCAAAUUCUAGCACAAUUUGAUGUACUCUUCUGUGUACGCCAAAUGAAUCUCCGCAAUUAA